AUGAGUGGCUCUCCCGACGCUGGGGCCGAGCCAAGGAUGCCUGCACCAGGAGAACGGCAAGACCUCUACCACCAGACGUUUCCUCGCGAUGUCAUACCCCCUCUGAUGGCUGGCGUUGUGCUUGGGACGAAGCCGCCACCUUAUAUGCUCGGCUGGAGGUACAUGAACUGGGAGUUCUGCAAGCGCUUCGACAACGGCAGCUACGAGCCUCCUUCCAUUAUUUUUCGUCAGAAACUCCUACCGCGUUUCGCCGAGCAGUAUCCAGAAUUCGAUAAAGCCACCCCGAGAACUCGGCCCAUUAUCUACGUCUAUCUCCCUUUUGACCAUUGUACAGUAAUUGUGGCAACAAACGUCGAUGAGGGUGCCCAGAAUCUUGCGCGGAACAAUGCCUUCAUCGACGCUGUUAAGGAUAUCCUCAAUGAGGACCGAGAGCCCUUGUGGUAUCGCCACCCUCCGCUCGAGCGAUGA